AUGGUGGGAUAUGCACGCAGUUGCUGGGGAUUCAACUUUUCCUGGGGUGUCUAUCAACAGUACUAUGUCGAGCAUAACAUUUUUAAUGGGGCUACAUUAUCUCAGAUCUCUUGGUCUGGAGGAAUUGGAAGUGCCAGUGUCUUUCUGACUACUCCAUUUCAGGGAUAUAUGGUUGCUCAGUUUGGACUAAAGAAAAUCAUUGUUGCAGGCAUUCUCAUCAGCGGUAGUGGCAUGAUCCUGGCAAGCUUCGCAACCUCACUUUGGCAGCUCUAUCUGACUCAGGGAUUUAUGUAUGGAUUGGGCGCAGGAAUGGCCUUGUUCACUUCCGUCGCGAUCCCAGUGCAGUGGUUUGAAAAGAGGAGAGGCCUUGCAUCCGGCAUUACUGUUGCAGGAUCAGGCGUGGGAGGAGCAACAUUAGCGCCAUUGAAUCGAUACUUGAUCAGUCGACUAGGACAUCAAUGGGCAUUACGGAUCGUGGGCAUCGCGGCCAUCACCAUUGUCUGCUCUGUCCUGCCUUGUAUUCGUACAAGGGUCCCACCAAAGAAACGAGGUGGCCCUUUGUUUGACGGUAUGUUUGUAACAUUCGGCUAUCUGACUCCUAUUUUCCUAAUGCCGGAAUUCGUUACCGACAUCGGCCUGGAUCCGACUGUAGGAGCCAAUUUAGUGGGAGCAUUUGCGGGCGUGAAUGCAUUCUCUAGAGUUGCUACAGGAUUUGUAGCAGAUGUUUUUGGUCCUCUGAAUAUCUUGAUCCUCACUUCAGCUCUUAGUGGCCUUGCUUGCUACAUGUUCUGGAUGACUGCCAAGAACUUAACCAUGGUCACCGUCUUCAUGAUCUUUUAUGGAAUAAAUGCUGGAGGAUUUAACAGUCUCUUUCCUGUUGUCGCAGCCAAUGUCAUUGGUGUGGAGGCCUUGGCAGCAUCCGUCGGUUUGCUCUAUUCAGGCAACUUUUUUGGUAACUUGUUUGGAACCCCAUUAGCCUCAGCGCUGAUUGCAGCAUCAAACGGAUCCUACAUAUGGGCUCAGGCAUUCGCAGGUUUGAUAACCUUCCUCGGCGCAUGCCUGCCGCUAUUUAUUCGUUUCAAAGAAGAAAAGCGGAUAUUCGUUCGGAUGUGA